AUGUCUUCUCAUCUAACUUUAUAUAUUGAGUGCAAUUCUAAUGACAUUGAAUUUGUCACUAGAAACUUUACAGGUUGCAGUUACUCCUGCUGGCAUCCAAAGCAAAAAGGUGGCAGCAGCCACACUAGCCACAAAAGGUUACACCCACAAUUAUACCCACCAAGACAAGAAAGAAGCCAGGCUAGGCAAGGUUGUGGCAGCAGUCUCAGGCAAAAAGAGAGCUGUUUCCCUUACCAAGGGGGCAAAGAACAGCAAAAAAAUGCCAAGAAGAAAGACAGUGAUGAUGAGGAAGAUGAUCGCAGUGAGAAGGAAGUUGAUGAGGAAGAUGAUGAGAAAAAUGAAGAAUUUGAACCAAAAGUGGUGAAAGAACUACCUUGUUCUUCUCUCUCAGAGGAUGUGGAUAACAAGAAGGAGGAAUUUGAGGAGGAAGAGGAUAUAAUGAGCAGGAAGACAACUGAAGAAGAAGCAGCUAUGGACACCACACUAACCAAACAAAAGAAAGCUUCUGCAAAAGCCACUUCAGAAAAGCAGAAAAAUGUGGCUAAGAAGGAGGAAGAUGAUAAGGAUGAAGAUGGGGAAAAUGAUGAAGAUUAUGAUGUUGAAGGCAAAGGGAAGAGUAAGGAAGAGGAGGAAGAUCCUUUUGAAGCAGCACCUGGAAAAUGCAAAAAGAAAAUGACCGAACAACAAGAAACAUAAAGUGAAGCCAAGAAACAUAAAGUGAAAUGCA